AUGUCGAAGAGGCAGAAGGGCAGCAAUGGAGCGGCUGCAGCUUCUCCUGUAGCAGGCUCUACCACUAUAGUUCUUGGAACUCAAUGGGGUGAUGAGGGUAAAGGCAAACUAGUCGAUAUACUAUCACAAGAAGCUGAAGUCUGUUGUCGUUUUGGGGGUGGAAACAAUGCUGGACAUACUUUGGUCGUCAACAAGGUCAAAUAUGCUCUACAUCUCGUACCAUGCGGUGUCAUCAAUCCUAAAUGCAUGAAUCUUAUUGGAAAUGGUGUCGUUGUUCAUCUCCCUUCCAUGUUUCAAGAAAUUGAUGAACUGGAAGCCAAAGGUGCCAAGCUCGAUGGCAGACUCUACGUGUCAAACCGUGCACACUUGGUUUUCGACUUUCACCAAAUCGUCGAUGGACUUAAAGAAGCUGAACUAGGUGGCGGUAAUAUCGGAACUACCAGGAAGGGUAUUGGUCCGACUUACAGUGCUAAAGCCUCCCGUUCUGGAUUACGUGUUCAUCACUUGAUGUCGGAUUGGGAUGUCUUUACUGCCAAAUUCAAAACUGCGCUGGGAAACAAAAUGAAGAGAUAUGGGGACUUUGAUUAUAAUGCUGAUGCAGAGUUGGCCAAGCUCAAGGGUCUUGUAAUAAGGUUAAAGCCCAUGGUGGUAGACACCAUAUCCUACAUCCACAAGUCACUAUCAAACGGCAAACACGUACUGGUAGAAGGCGCUCAAUCAUUGAUGUUGGAUGUCGAUUUUGGUACCUAUCCAUACGUCACAUCAUCAAGUACUUCUAUCGGCGGUGUAUGUACCGGUUUGGGUAUUCCUCCUUCCAAAGUCGGCAAAGUCGUCGGUGUCGUCAAGGCUUACACGACUCGAGUUGGAAGUGGGCCUUUUGCUACUGAGCAGUUGAAUGACGUGGGCAAGCAUUUACAAGAAGUAGGAUUUGAAUGGGGUGUUACUACUGGUCGAAGAAGGAGAUGUGGAUGGUUGGAUAUGGUCGUAUUGCGAUAUUCGCACAUGGUGAAUGGAUACACGAGUGUCAACCUGACAAAACUGGACGUGCUGGAUCAGUUAGACGAAAUCAAGAUCGCUGUUGGCUACAAGUACAAGGGAGAAUUACUUGAGAGUUUCCCAGCUGAUUUGGACUUGCUGGAGCAUGACUUUGAAGUGGUUUACGAAACCUUCCCAGGAUGGAAGAAAGAUAUCUCAUCCUUCAAAAAGUAUAAUGAAUUGCCAGAAAAUGCUCGAAAGUACAUUGAACGAAUUGAAACUUUAAUGGGUGUUCCAGUGGAAUGGAUUGGCGUUGGUGCAGACCGUGCCGCUAUGAUUCAUAAACCACUAUAG